UUUUUUCUAGGGCAGAACUACCAGCACGUCAAUGGCCAGUAAAACGCCUUCAAAGACGUAACAUUGUAGAAACUCGGAAAGCUUUAAUAAUAACGUAGCGUCUAAACACUGAGGCACGGCUCACUUAGGAACCAUGGUAAUAGGAACCAUCGUGUUAGCGCUUACAUUCUGUCCGGACUUAUAACGACGACGCAACUUGCUAUCAGCUGGCUACGAGUAAGUGUGCUGCGUGCGUUGGAGCUGAAACAUGCCGAAGAAGAAGACUGGUGCACGCAAGAAGGCUGAAAAUCGGAAGGAGCGAGAGAAACAAAACCGUGCAAACAGAGAGCACGUGGACGUAGCCAAACAUCCGUGCAACGUGAGCAUGGACUGUGACAAGUGUCUAAGACGGCAGAAAAACAGAGCUUUCUGUUACUUCUGUGCUUCAGUGCAGAAGCUUCCCAUGUGCGCCCAGUGUGGAAAAACAAAGUGCAUGAAGUCAUCUGACUGUGUGAUAAAGCACCCGGGAAUUCACAGCACAGGAAUGGGAAUGGUGGGAGCAAUAUGUGACUUUUGUGAGGCUUGGGUGUGCCAUGGGAGGAAGUGUCUGAGUACACAUGCCUGUUCCUGUGCCUUGGCUGAUGCUGAUUGCAUUGAAUGUGAUCGCAGUGUUUGGGAGCACGGCGGCCGCAUCUUCCGCUGCUCCUUCUGUCACAGUUUCCUGUGUGAAGACGACCAGUUUGAGCACCAGGCCAGCUGCCAGGUGCUGGAGGCAGAGACCUUUAAAUGUGUUUCAUGCAACCGACUUGGACAGCACUCUUGUCUGAGAUGCAAGGCCUGCUUUUGUGACGAGCAUGCUCGAAGCAAAGUCUUUAAGCAAGAGAGGGGCAAGGCACCUCCGUGUCCGAAGUGCGGCCACCGAACACAGGAGACUAAAGACCUCAGCAUGUCCACUCGCACUCACAAAUUUGGCCGACAGAGCGGAGCUGACGAGGAUGGUGAUUAUGGAGCAUCAGGAUACAAUUCCUACUGGAAAAGCCUUGGCUCUGGAGGAGGAGCAGAUCAGGAAGAUGAGGAAGACUAUGAUGACUAUGAAGAUGAUGAGGAGGAGGAGGAGGAGGAAGAGGAGGAAUCUGAGGAUGAAGAGGCAGAAGUGACAGAUACAUUUAACAGUCUGAGUCUUGGUGCGAGUUCAUCAAGUGGGAACAACUGAAGUAAAGCUUAAUUCUAAAACUAAGCAAACCUACUCCUCUGGUUGGUUUUGUCAAUAAAAAUGCUGCACCAUAAAUACAAAGCUUCUAAACAUUGACUUAAGUGUUUCUCAUUAGGAUUGGCAGUUCAGCAGAAAGUGUGAAUUAUGUUUUGGAAGGAUUUCAUCCAGCGAGGGAUACGUGGAGUUGAUCUGCGUUGGUGCUGGAGCUCUGUCUUAACUCAUUCUGGUGGAACCAAGCCUCUGAGAAUUUUUUUAUUUUUUAUUAUUAUUAUUUUCAGAUUGGGCUUAGAAUGAUCUCUGUAAAGCACACAUGAGUUGAACUGUAUAACUGCUAAAAUCUUCAUGGUAAAGACUGAGCCCAUGAAGCACACAUUAUUAAAACCUAUUAAAAUAAAGGAGGCUGUUGUAGUUGAUUUGU